AUGCACACCCGCCUCCCCCAGCUCCGCCGCAUGGGGAACUUGUCGGGCGCUGGGCAGGCGGCGCUCUCCCCUCCCAGCGGCUUGCUGCACUUGCUGGGCGUAGUGCUCAUAAAACACUACCAUAUCCCUGGCCUCACGCCGCACGAUGGUCAUCUCUUCGGAGCACCGCUUCAAGCGCUCCUGCUGCUCCGCCAGCGCGGCCAGUUUCCUAGCCAGCAACCCUGCCUGAGCAGA